CUGUAAAGGACAUGCCUCCCGUAAAAGAUGAAAUGAUCAGAGAAAUUAAUUGUUUGGAUAUAAACCUAACUGAGAAGAGCCCAGCAAAGAAUAGUGCACUGGUCGAUGUGAGAGCGUGUAAUAAACCUGCCGCUAAGUGGUCCCUUUGCCGCUCGUGAUGUGGACGACUGAUUUUUAUGUUCCUUAUGUACUUUAUGUUUUAUAAAAUGCACAAAUCGUAUUCAUAGUUGAGUGCUGGAUCUAUGUAGUGCAUGCUUAAACGCACCUGAAUACCGGCGCCGAAAUGACUAACUCGCAGGUAUGGUUUCGCGGCGUGAGAAGUUCAAAAUUCCGCCAUGUUUACGGUGUGCCAUUCAAAAGAGAGCGAUGCUAUGACAAUAUAAAAAUCACUAGAAAUGCGCACGAUUCAAAUUUUUGCGCGGUAAAUCCUAAGUUUGUGGCGAUCGUGACCGAGGUCGCCGGGGGCGGGGCCUUCCUAGUUCUACCCUUGGAUCAUACUGGUCGUCUAGACUUCAAUGCGAGCCGGGUAACUGGCCACAAAGGGCCCGUACUAGACAUCAAAUGGAACCCCUUCAAUGAUAACAUCAUCGCGUCUUGCUCCGAUGAUUGCACGGUAAAACUAUGGCAUAUACCAGACGGUGGUCUAUCCAUGCACCUGACCGAUUGGCUCGUAGAACUGCACGGCCAUAAGAGACGAGUUGCGUACAUCGAAUGGCAUCCCACAGCUGAAAAUAUUCUGCUUAGCGCUGGUUUUGAUUAUUUGAUUUUCGUAUGGGACGUCGGUAAAGGGGAGGCCGUAAAAGUCAUCGACUGCCACAGUGACGUCAUCUACUGCAUGUCGUUCAACCGGGACGGCUCGCUCUUGGCCACCACAUGCAAGGAUAAGAAGCUGCGAGUGAUCGAACCGAGGCGCGGUAUUGUGCUCUCUGAAGGGCAAUGCCACACGGGCACGAAAGCGUCCAAGUGCACGUUCCUCGGGAACCAAGGGCGCGUUCUCACCACGGGCUUCUCGCGAUACAGCGACCGGCAGUACGCAGUGUGGGAGCAGCACGACCUCACGCGCCCGCUCGUGUGCGAGACCAUCGACAGCUCCUCCGGCGUCGUGUUCCCGUACUACGACUAUGACACUAAUAUGGUUUAUCUUGCGGGCAAGGGAGAUGGCAACAUUCGGUACUAUGAAGUAGUUGAUGAAGCGCCAUAUGUUCAUUUUCUGAAUCAAUUUCUAUCUGGUAACCCACAGCGCGGUCUAGGCUUCAUGCCAAAACGUGGUGUGAAUACAGCGGCGUGCGAAGUAUUCCGCUUCUACAAGUUGCAUACUUCGCGUGGCCUGUGUGAACCCAUUUCCAUGAUUGUGCCGAGGAAGUCGGAUUGUUUCCAGGAGGACCUAUACCCGGACACAGCGGCGCCCCAACCGGCUCUGAGCGCGCGAGACUGGCUCAGCGGGAUGAACGCACCACCACUGCUCAUUAGUUUGAAGACCGGUGUAACAAUAUCAACGCACAAACCGCGGCAGAACAACAAGAGCGCGCCGGCCCUACAGCCGCAGGACGCGAACAACCGCAAGAAGUUCGCGUUCCUGUCGCGCGAGACCACGCCCGACUACCGCCCGCUCGCCACCUGGCAGCCCGACCACAACAACGAUACCGACGUGCAGCAGGUAACCGAGAAAUCGGCGAAAACGAGCGCUAACCAAAGCGCUAAGUUCCACCAAUUGCAGCGCAUGUUCGGCAAGCAGCCCGCCGGCGAUGAGCCCGUGCCGCUCUACAAGCAGAUCAGCCAGGGAGACGUGUUUACUACUGAACAAGAGUUACGACUCGCGUUCAACCGCCAAGGCGAAGAAUUGCGCAUUGUAAAACGGCAGCUACAAAUCAGCCAACAGCGUGUGCGUGAACUGGAACAACAUAUCGCGAUGCUGCAAGCUAAGACUCCACAAAACUGAAUUAAAUAUUGUAAAUCCAACGCGAUUUACUCUUAAAUGUUCGGCUUUAGUACGCCUUUGAAAUGUUUCCCCUGUUUGCAUUAUGGCUUUUAUUUCAAUUCACAUAUUGACUGUGAUUGGUCGACUCAAAUUAUGUGAAUUCUAAAUUGCUGUUUAUUUGCGUUGUUUCUCAUGGUAUGCAAUAUAAUAUGAGUCUUAAUUGAACGGGCUAAAACGCUAGUUUUUUUUUUAGAUCUUAAGGUAUAUCAACAGUUUUAAGUUAGUUCAUUAGCCAUUUAUUUAGGCUUAAGCAUUCGUCGUUCACUUAGUGUUGUGGCUGGCCACAAACUAUGCUUGGCUUAAGUUGAAUAAUUAUUAUUACUAGGCCUUAUUUUUACAAUGUGUGAUUUUUUUCACUUUGCUAUGAUGUAUGUGAUUUUAAUGAUGUGUUAGUGAAUGUGUUUUAAUGUGACUAUUGUAAUUCAUUUUGUAUUAUAUUAUUUUGAUUAUUGAUUUAUAAUGAAGAUUGUAGUUUUUAUAUAAUUGUUUUAAUAAUGCUUUCAUGGCUAGUACGUAUGUAUUAUUAUGUAAAAAAUCGUAUUUACAUAGUAGAAUCGAAAACCGAUUCAUUCAAGAACAAUGAAUAUAUUACAAAUGAUUGGGCACAAAACUUUAACAUUAAUUUCAAUAUUUUUUAAUAAAUGCGUGGCCUAUAUAACUGUCUCGGCUAACUCGACUGAAGCACUAUGUGAUAAUUUCAUGACAUUCAAAGAAAUGCGAAGUGAUUGUGUAUAUGUGGCCAUUUUUAUUUCAUGACAAAAUCAUACAAUAAUUUUAAUGUAUGUGCAAUUCAAUUCCAGGGUUUUUUUAUCUAUAGUUAAGUUUAUGCACUGUUUGGAAUGCACGAAAUUGUAUUUUAUUUCAAUUUCAUCGAUUUGAUUUAUUGUUAGCAAUGAUUUAGUCUGAAUUACUUUCAGUUUUUACUUGUUUGUGUUAUUUUAUAUUAUUAAGUUUACUAUUUUUGUUAGGUAGCAUUGUAUGAUCAUUUUUGAUAGUAGUUUUAUCUAUUUUAGGGUUUUGAUACUUUACAUAUUUUCUCGAUCUUGUAUUCCUCAAUGCAUUUUAUUUCAAUGGAAGUUUAUGUUGUGAAUGUUUCUUCAAUGGUUUAUGAAAACUCAAAAAAAUAUUGUACAAAAAAGUUACCUGAACCAUUUUUAUAAUCUACAUUAGCUUUAGAUUUUGACAUUAUUUAAGAAGUAUUUUAAUAGGUGCUAGAUUUAACAAGCCUUGAGCAAAAUUAUAUUAAAUUUUUAAUUUUGUGGCCUUUAAUGACAUUGGAAAUGACAAUUUGUUGGAAGAAUGGUUUUAUUCAAUACGAAAUGUGGAUACUUACAAAUUAGUAAAACAGUAGCGUGAUUUUAUCAGUAGAUUAUGUUAAAAUGACGAAAUAUUUUUUGUACCCAGAUUGUACUGUAAUUCGCAAUAAAUUUUGGUAGAAAUUUCUACACUUUAACAUUCCAAUAUGAAGACAUUGAUAAAGUUUAAGUGAAACGAUUGAAAGUAUUAUAGCAUAUUAGCUGAGAUAGUUUAGUUUCGCUAAGUCGAUGUUAAUAUUUAUUGUGUAUUUUUAUAUCAAGCUUGUGUAGCACAAAUUUUCAAUAAAUAUUCGAACCUUG